UUUGCUUUUGACUUAUUCAAUCAAACACACAUUUCGCGAUUUAGGUUAUGAAAUUAUAACUAAAAUAUUAAUUAAAUGUCUCCUAUUCGACGCAGCAAACCAUGUCAUCUGCCUUAGUCCGCCAGGCUCUUGAAUUCGUCGAUCCAGAGGAGAGUGGCAGCAAACGAACGAAACGUCGUAAAGGACAGUCGGCUCGUCCAGGGGCACCGGGUCAAGAUAACAGAGAACCUUACAAACGCAACAAGAAACCGCCACAGAAAGAUAAUAGUACAGAUAAAGUGGAAGAAAACAUUAAAAAGCUCCUAGCUCUGUCUACACCUUCUAUUGACAAAAAAGUUGCAGGAAAGGUAUUAGAGAGAGCAAUCAAGGGCAAGCCUCUCGUAGAAAAAAUUAAAGUCAAGGAAGACGACGGAAAAUCCAUUUUAUUCCCCGACUAAAACAACUCUAGAACUAAAUUAAAUUAAUGUAGCACUUAAUUAUACUAUAAUAUUAUAGUUGAGAACGCCUUAAUGUGUAUGCAUUUAUGGACAUUCCCGAUGCUGUGUUAGGGAAAUUGAUUCUGGGGUCAACGGUUACAGUAUUUACUGUACUUAUAGUUUGGAUUAACACAUACCCUUUUAUUGAUAAAGAUCUCGAAAUAUUUAGUCGUAUUCCAAACCCACAGUGGUUCUUGCUGUUCUGCGCCAUUUGGGGUUUCUUCUUCAUCGGGGGUCUAAUGUGCUUCACUUAUUACCACAUUAGACCAUAUUUGUGACUCAAAGAGUUUCAAACAAAAAUGUCGCACAAAAACGACUGGGUCAUUAUUGGUAUAUCAGGAGUCACUUGUGGCGGAAAGACUACUUUAGCCAAUAAAUUAACCGAAACGCUUACUCCUGUGUAUGUGUUCCAUCAAGAUAAAUAUUUUUACCCGGAUGAUAGCCCGAAACAUGUACGGUGUGAUGGUUUAGAUCAUAAUAACUAUGAUAUUUUGUCUUCGUUGGAUAUGGAUAGUAUGUAUAAAGACAUAAUUGAGACCUUAAAAGGAGAUGUAAAAGCUCAUCGCUCGAACGUUGAGCGAAGGCCGGGCCAGAUUGAGAUUAAAGGGAAAAAGCUGCUAAUUAUUGAAGGAUUCACUGUUCUUAAUUUCAAACCUAUUACGGAUCUGUGCGAUUUUAGGUACUACUUCAUAUUGGAGUACGGCGAAUGUGCGGGGCGUCGCUCGUAUCGAUUAUACGAUCCGCCCGAUGUGGCCGGAUACUUCGAUCUGUGUGUGUGGCCAGAGCAUCUGAGAUACAGGGCUGAUAUAGAGAAAGACGGCCGCGUAAUGUUAUUGGACGGCACUCAACACGACGCUCUAGAUGUCGUAUUGGCAGAUUUAUACAGAGCCGGCGCCACCAAAGUAUAAUUACACUACACUGUUAAUUCACAAAUACGGAACAAAUACAUUAUACUGCACUACAAAUACACUAUGUUACACUACAAAUACUCUAUAUUACACUAUAAAUACACGCUAGCUAUGGUCGAAAAAUAGAAAAGGGUGAAAAUGAAUAGAUACAUAAAAUAUUAAAAUAACUGUAAUACCUUUAAUGUAGCCUACUACUGCCUUCAUUGUACAAAUAAAUAAUCUGAUUCUGAUUCUGAAACAGUAAGAUACAUACUACAUUGACUUGUUAGGGUUUCGGACCUCAAAGGGCAGAUACGGAACUCUCAUGGAAUCACUCGGUUCUCUGUAUGUUAGUCGAUUUGCUCGGAACACUUGGGGAAUUUUGUGGAAAAAUAAAAAUGAAAUUUUGCUAUCCAUACUGUGUUAUAUAUCAAAAGGGCUCAAAGUAAAGGUUUCAAAUAUACGCUCUGACUGCAUUUUUUUACUCUGACGUCUCAUGACAUUAAAUGUGUGAAACUUUUGUCAAAUUUGACAUUUGUUGCACCUGGAGCGAAGGUUUGGAACGCAGCUCGAGUCUAUUGGAAUUUGUCAGUAUUUUUCUUGUGACUUUGACAGCUGUCAAUUUUUUGUUACGGGCCUUUCGCCUCGGGAUAAAUUGGCAUUUAUUGUAUAAAACGCUUAUCAACGAAAAGCUGUAGUUUUAUCUAACUAAAUUAUUGUCCAAACUUGAUAGCAGUCUCUCCUUUUCGUUCUAUAUAGAGGUCGAUAAAGAUAGGUAUAGGCUUACACCCAUAUUCUUAGUCGCGUCCUCAAAUGUUCCUCGACUCUAACUCAUUCGAGGGCUCCUUAAGGAGUUCCUCCAAAUAACCUCGAAAAUUAUAUUCUAGUAGGUAUCUUGAACAAACUUGAGAAUUCCUCCACUGAGAGUACAAACAAAGGUAUAAAGCAUAAAAUCAUAGACAUAUUAUAUGUGUAAAGUAAAAUAUCACACAACAAACAUAGGUAAAUACAUAAGAAUAUGGGUAUUAGAGAAUCAAGGCAGAAUCUGGUAUGGAAUGUGUGCAUCUCGGUAAUUUAUUAUAAUGUUUUGAUAUUAAAAUCCUAAUUUAACGCACAAAGGAAAACAAAUUAAAGUCGUUACUUUAAAUAAGUGAAGAGUUGUGCUUUGUAAGUACCUAUACAUACAUAUACACAGAUAUUAUUUGUAAGUUAAAGGUUUUCAUAGUUUAUUAGUAGAUUUGAAAAUUGUAAUAAAGGUACAGUUCCAAUAAUAACUUGACUUUACAAAUUCUCAAUUACUGAAAACCUGAUUUGUUGACUGUAUUCUGUACAGCGAAAUAUUAAAUUGGAUCGAAUAAAUAUGAAUGUUUUUAAUUAAUGAAGUUUGUUAUAAAAAUGCUUUAACUUGCAAACAUUUAGGCAUAUUUGUUAUCCCAUUGUGUUCAUGGCUGAUAUAAUAACAAGACUUCCUAUCAUACAGUCAGAAGGAAGGUUUUCUGAAAUGUCGGGCGCCAGGUGGCAGCACUAAGACGAAAAGUCUACUCAGCCGCCAUUAUGUCAUCGUAUAUUAUGUCUUCAUAGUCUAUGGAUCAAUAAAGUGCUCGUUCGAUUAAUUCGCGCCAAAAAUUCCAACGCCAACUAGUGUCGUAAAUUUUCAUAAACACCAACUAGUUUGUUAAUUUUGAUGGUCAAAAUUUGACUAUAAGUAUUACAUACUUUUAAUAUAUUACUUUGAUUAUAUGCCUAGAUAGAGCAAUCCAAAGAAAAAACGCAAAAAAUCAUGUGAAUGUCAGAUUGUGUGAUACAGUCCAUGCCAUGAUGUCGAUUGUGGCAUGAUUCUCUAAAAUUAACAUUAGUCUCUCCUUUUCAUUCUGUAUAGGAAAUGACAAGGAUACACUGUUGUCAAAUUUAAGUUUAAGUUUAGAGAAUGAUGCCAGAAUCGACACCAAUGUGUGCGUGUGUAGCGACAAGUAUAUCUACCAUAAUAGCAGAUAUUGUUUGUGCCGCCUACGUACAAUUAAUACGGUAUCUAGGUGAAUUUAAUUAAAAGUUACAUACCUAAUUAUGGUAUCAUUAUGUAUGAUACUUUCAAUUACAUUGUGAACGAAAAUCUCAACAUUUCACUUUAAUUUUCUCGAGUUGUUAGACUUCUUUCGCUGAAGUUUAAAUACCUACAUAAUAGAAUUUUAAGAACUUCCAAAAAAAAAAGUUUUGUGUGUUGGUCAUAACUAACGAAUUGGAAAUGCUAUGGAAUACAAACUGCGCUAAAAAGUGGGUCCACAGUUCCACACAAACUACGAUCAAGUGGGCGGAUAGUAAGUAUUAUACGCGAUUUCCGUUUAAAAUAAUUUUACCCAAUGAAUGGAUAGCCGAAUUCAUUUGCAGAUAUUUGAUUUGUCAGAUUAUUUUGUUUCAUAUUGUUUUUGUAGGUGUGCGUGUCGCGUUAGUAUUAUAGUAAACUAUAAUCUAAUAAUAACGCGAUCUAACUAAAGUUAGAUGAGUUUAGCGGCAUUUGUUAAAGAGUAAUGCUUCUAUAUCAUUUCUAAUUCGUUGGUCAUAACAUAAGGCACUUUGUGUGGUUUUAUAGUAGCCGUUGUAGCUAGGAGAAAUUCAAUAGUGUUUAAAUAUAUAUUAGAACUAAUUUGUUUAUAUAUUUUUAUAUAAUGCUAAAUUUUCAAGGUGGUUAAUGUACAGUCAAUGUCACAAAUAGUUCUUCUAAACUAUUAUUUUUAAUAUUUGAGAUUGUUAGAACUACUAGAACAUACUUUCGUUUAUAGAUUAUGGCAGUCUCUUAACAAACGUUUAUUUCCCACAAUUUUUGCAUAAAAAAUGUGAUAUUUUGAUCGAUUGAUUCGUAAAGAAAUGGUAUAAACUUAUGUUAAAUGAACUGUAAAACGAUGCUUAUGAUGUAUAUAAUACAUUAACUUUAAUGUGUUUAUCAUUUAAGUUUUUAAAUGCAUUUAAAAAGUAGGGUUUUUAUAACUUUUUGAUAACGAUCUUACGUUAUUUAUUGAUUGUUAUGGACUCCAUAAAAAUCCUUGGCUUUUUCGAUCACGUGAUUAUAGAUAAAAAACUAUUGUCUUUUUCGUGAGUUUUUAUUAUAAUUAUGAAUGUUUUUUCUUUAAAAAUAGUAAAAACCCCUGUCAAUAUUCAUUCUUAAUACAUUUUAUUUUAAAUACUGUCAAAUACCCUAUAGUUGACCCAUUUGUGUUGUUGACUGUACUGAAUAUAUCAUUUUAAGCAUCGAUACAAUGUUUAUUUUGUAUAAUAAAGCAUUUAAUUACUUAUAAUUUUUUAUUUCUUUCUUUGCAAGACGAUUAUAUACAGGGUGUCCCAAAAAGUAGUGUCAAGCGGUAGUCCCGAGAUAGAAC